GCUGAAACGUGUAUAUUUGAUUCAUCAAUCAAAUGACGAAUUUCAUCGAGUUGUGUACUCCCCAGUGAUUACGUUGUGUUAUCGUUGGUGAUAGACGUGUUGAGUUUGUUUACCAGUUGGAAGAAUGCGAGUGAUGCUCAUUAGGAAUGGCUUCUGCAGUGUCACAGAGCGAAAAGGUUCGGAUAUUGGAGGAACUCGUCUCCAACACAGCGGCCGACAAAAACUUUGCUAUCAAAGUGUUAACUGAUAGCGACUGGAAUAUUAAAGAGGCGUACAAGGUAAUUGAGCGUAUGUGUCAAUGCUCUAAACCAUUGCCGACGAAGGAUGGUGAACACUGCGAGAACCGGCAUACAGCCGAGGUUACGGUUGUGUCACACCAGAGUGGUGGUAUUCCCAUCCCCAUUCAGCACCUACACACAGGCGUGGGCAGUGCGGUGGAGGCCACCACAAAUGUGUCCGCGGGAAAGGGAGGUGACACGUUUCCCAUGCGUCGACCGCCCAACGACUCACGCUUCCCACUCAUCAAGUCUGACAUCCACGACGACCGUAACAACUCUCAGAUCAAAGUGGGGAGCCUGCCGUCCUCCGGGGAGAGGUUCGUGCCCAUACAGGUGGAGAAGGGAGCUGCUGUGAGGCUGGGAAACCCAGCUAACAGUACCUCCGGUCAGCAGGGGUCGAGAAUCGCCGCGCCAGGGGCAACCGCUCUCGUACGGCCACAAGCGCGGGUGAUUGCGACCAGCGGGCUGCAUCACGGACCACAACCGGCUGGCAUGGUCACCGGUGAACUGCAUCAGACUCAACCGGACGGGGGAAGAGUUACUGGCCCUGCUGCUGGGAUUCAGCAGUUGAAAGGGAGCGAUGUGAAGGUCACUUCCCAGCAGAAACUGACUGGCGGCAAUCUGGUGUCUGACAAGAGUGACCGGUCGGAGAAUUCUACGUCAGGUGGUACUUCUACCUCGAACCAUCCAGCACCUCACAUUCCGAAGCUGCGACGCGGGAUCUCGAACAUCCUGGAGAACAUGUCGCUGGUGAACGAGGCGCGCUCCAACGUGCUGCACGACAUCGCGGAGGACGGCCACAACCACAUCUUCCUGCUGACCUUCCAGCUACCUGACCUCACCAUCUACCCCGGAGACUUCCGCGCAUUCCUGCAGAAGGAGCUAAUUGAAACGUCCACCCUCGUGUCCCUCGAACAAGCAGGGAGACUGAACUGGUGGGCAGAGUUGAGAAUCUGUCAGCGUCUGUUGCCGAUGGCGACGUCUGGUGAUGGUAACUGCCUUCUUCAUGCUGCCUCUCUUGCCAUGUGUGGUAUUCACGACCGUGAGUUGAUUCUGCGGAAUGCUCUAUAUGCGAGUCUGACGCGAGGACCUCACUUACCGGCACUGUACAGACGCUGGAGGUGGCAGCAGACCAUCUCCAACAAAGAGUCUGGCUUGGUACUGUCUGAAGAGGAGUGGAGUGCGGAGUGGGAAAACCUCCUGAAGCUGGCGUCACUGAAACCGCGCACGCUUCCCGAGACCUGCAAGAGAAACAGCUGUUGUGAUAGUCCAGUCACACAGGGAUCUAAUUCCACGGACCCGGUGGUUUACGAGAGUCUCGAAGAAUUCCACGUGUUUGUGUUGGCCCACGUGAUACAGCGGCCCAUAAUCGUCGUGGCUGACACGUUCCUUAAGGACUCGAAAGGCGAGGCGCUGGCCCCUAUACCGUUUGGAGGGAUUUAUCUCCCCCUGGAGACGGCGGCGAAGACGUGCUACCGCUCACCUCUACUGCUGACGUACGACGCUGCUCACUUCUCUGCCCUGGUGCCUAUGGAUCAGUCGGGGCUCCCGGAGGAGAUCGCAAGCCUUUCCACUGCCAUUCCGUUGGUUGAUCCUGAAUUCAGACUGCUUCCCCUUCACUUCCACGUGGACCCAGGUGAUCGCUACGACUGGACGAAGCUGGCCAACAACAAGGAUCUGCGCGAGCUGUCGACGGAGGACAAACUGAACCUGCUGCAGCAGUACCUGGACGUGGAGAAACUGACCAUCCCAAGUCUCGACUCAGCUGACUCCACCACCGACAACGACCGCGUGUCGUGCGGAUCCUACGACUCGGACGACAGCGUCGGCUGUGUUGCCAACAAGGAGAGGAAGAAGGACGCGGCGCGAGUCUCACAGCAGAUGCAGCACGUCGCCAAGCAAUUCGGCAGCAUCGGCAAGAGCAUGGGCAAGAAGCUGAAGAAGAACUUCGGGAACAUCGGCAAGGGCAUGAAGAAUCUGGAUGAGAAGAAGAGCAAGAAGAAAUCGGUGGGCAGCGUCAUCACGCAGAGCACGAAGGUGAUCGCGACGACCGACGCGGGCAAGAACAGCAUCUGGUGCGCAAGGCUCACCCUACAGCAGAGCAGCAUCCACGCGGAGCUGUUGAAGAACUACAUGCAGGACGCCGAGCAGCGCUUCAGCACCUACCGUGAGCUGGUGCGCCGCAAGAACGAGGAGAUCAAGAAGCGGGUACCCGUGUACCCGGCGUCGUCGUCCACUCGGGCGUGUCAGUCUGCCAUUCCCGGCUGUCACGGUCCGGCGGUGCACGACGCCAGCUACCAAUGCAAGAGCUGCUACGACCUCCAGAAGCAGCAGGAGAAGUCGGGUUCAUAUCACACGUUCCCGCGCGGCAAGACCCUAGAGGGCAGCACCGACACAUAUGGGAGAUCCAAGUUCUACGACGGAGUCCGCGGCUCCUCGUGUCUUCCAGAGCAGGAACCGCGGCUCGGACGGUUCUCGAAUGUCGACCGGCAGCACUCGCUGUCGGCUGGGGACGUUUCAUACCCAGCUGAUCGCGGCCGCGUGGAGCGCACCCCCUCCCCGGACUACGAUAAUGUGGAGUAUUCCUUCAACACGCAAGGUGGUGAUGGUCGCGCGGUCGACCAGUACGGGACCUAUGUGCGACCUCCCAGGACUCGCUGCCUUAAUACGGGUUGUAAAUACGUGGGCCAUUCCCAGUACAGCGGCCUGUGUGAGGAGUGCUACGAUCGGCACACCAACAUGGGCUACAUAGUGGGCAAAUCACACCAUAUUAGGUUAUAACCUAUAGCGAUUUGGAAUUUUUUUCUUUUAAAAUUUUUGUUUGUUUUGUUUUGUUUGUUUUUUUGUUUCAUAACACUGACAAAUGUACAUUUUUAUUUUUUGUUUUGUUUUUUGUUUGGUAACACAGAUAAAUGUGCAUUUUAACUCUUUUUUUUAAAUGCUGGGUUUUUUUCAUUUUCUUUUUUUUUCAUUUUGUUUGGUAAGACUGACAACGGUACAUUUAUUCCUCUGAUACGCUUCUUUUGGUUUUGGUUGUAACCAUUUUUAUGGGAAAUGCUUGUGACAUUAUAAAAUAAUUCAGAACAUUGUUUUAUAAAUGGAGACAAAAUUGUGUGAUGCUAGUUAUAUUCAGACACCAAUUUUACGGACAAGGUCGCACAACAACUUACUUACUAACAGUAGCCACAGCAAUUAUACGACAUGAAAUAAACACGUUCCUCUUCAUUUUGCACACAAUUUAAAUAACUAACAUUUAGUUUGUAAUCCCUUAAUCUUUUAUUAAAAUGAUACAUACAUAAAUUAUUGCAUUUAGUUUAUUGUAUUGAUAAUUAUUAUAAAUGUUUUUCUAAUAAUAAUAUAGCAAUGGGAAAUGUAAUUCAGUCAUCAACAUCGUCUAUAGCUUUUAUCAGAUUCCUCGUUGAAAUCCUGAAUGCAUUAAUAUCGAUGACAAGUGAGGUAUAAGGACUACGUGAAAAUUCGGUGUUUUCAGGCAUUAUUUUUGUUGAGCCAUUUAGUAAGUUGCCUGCCAUGUGAUCCUGUUUUCAAUUAAUUUGUGCAACAUUGAGAAAUUAAUUAGUCCAACUUUGAGAAAUUAAUUAGUCCAACAUUGAGAAAUUUAUUAGUCCAACAUUGAGAAAUUCACAAGAUGAAAAUGAUUCCAGUAAAAAAAUAUGAACUUUUAAGUGUCAAAAUAUUUUUGGCAGACUUGUAAAUACGCUGUAAUUCUCCUGAGUCUCAGUGUGUUGUAAUUCCUUUGAAAAUUACAAAAUUUUACGUUACAGCUAAAAAUUAUAUUAGCAUGUCUUCUGGUGUUCAUUAUAGACUUAGAGUCAAGCCGAGGAGGCAUUCGCCAUGAAGGGAAACCAACUAACGUCCUGCAUCAUGACUAAAUAACUUUAAUAUAACCUACAAAUUUAUCCACAGUCUCAUCUAGAUUUGUGUUCCUGUGUCAAAAUACCUCGAGCAAACAAAUUCAAAGUGUUAAAUACAAAGUUUUAUUCUGUUGUUUACAAGAUGCGAUUUUGGUUUAUCAUUUUGUGCCAGUACAAAUGUUUACAUUUUUUAUCCUGUCGUCAACAUGGCAUCGCUUCUGUUUCUCUGGCCAUAUUGCUGGUCAUAUUGCAAGUACAAAUGGUGAAAGGACUUUACAUGGUGAUAUUAUCUGGUGAUACAUGUAGUUUGGAAGAAGAAAAUAAUGAAAGAUGUGAGACUGAAUAUCAGUGGUGUUGAACUGACUGCCAGUAACACAGUCAACUUGUGACUCUGUGGAUUGAGGCUUUUAGUUGCAGUCUCUGUUUGUGUGAUCCUGUAUAUUUGUUUCCAUCAGUAUACAUUUUUAAACUAACUCGAUAAAUUCAAGACCUAAGGCUAGCUCAAGUUGACCAUGCGAUCACACAAAUCAGUUGCGGACUAUGAUUGAGUCUCGAUUGCGUUAAAAGAUUCGUCGCCAGUGUGACCUUAGUGCUCUUGCUAUGGUGUUACGGCGAUCGGCAUCAGUCGGCGAUAAAUAAAUCAUCUGUUACAAGAGUUCAAGAUGUUGAAGUUCUGCUACAUGACAAAUCCUGACCAUCGGACACAGAUCACAGUCGACCUGAUCAUGCUGAUGAUUUACUGCAUGCAAACAUUACUCGACACAUGACCGUAAUUUACCACCAGUUGUGACCUGACUGUAAUUGUUUUUUGACCUGACCGUCUGGAUCUGAUCUAUGUAAUUGCAAGGUCAACCUAAGCCAGUCUUUAGAUUAGAGCCAGUGGAGAACUCAUCCUUAUGGCCUUACUUUAUUUUCACAGACUUAAGCUGGUGAAUUACUUCAAUCUCUCGGUUUGUCCCAGGUGUUUAGUGCUGAAUUGCAACCAAAUGGAGAGGUGGAAUGUUUUUAAAUCCUAUCUCUCUCAUUUUACUUUUGACUUCCAGACGGAAAAUGGCAAAUAUUGUUAUGGCAAUAAAAAAUAUUUCUCAAUAUAAUAGAAGAAAAUAAGUUUGAAAAUGCAGUGAAUGAUAAAUAAAAUAUAUACGGUACACAUUUUAGAGUAGAUAUUUUGAAUACUUGUAUCAAAUAUUUUAUAUGCAAAAAUUGCAACACCAAAUAUUUUGAGAAUUUUUUUUGUUUUUGUUAAAUGUUUAUACUAUUCAUCUGUCAUGUUUGUUACCAUGGCAAUUAAUUAUUAAUUUUGUUUAUAUAUAAUCAUGUUGAUUAAAUCAUGUAUAAGGCACAUGAUAUUUAGAAAAGCAUUUUUUACAGAUUUUUGAAUUGUGAAACUAUAAUAUGCAAUGGCAUCACUAUGACACUCGUCAUAGCCUAUAAUGGUUUUAUAUCGUAGCGCUAAGUUUGCUUCGAAAAUAUGGACCCUGUGUUUUUGUGAGUGGAUCCUGAUAUUACAGUUACACACUAUAGUGCUACAACCAAAUCUGGGGGGUGGGGGGGGGGAGAUCACAAACUAAUGCUAAAUUGAAUCUUUUGUAGACUGAAAUUUGUUUGGGUGAACCCUGUUGACUUAUAACCCUCAAACUGAAUGCAUAUCAGCUUUAUUUGCUGCUUAUUUAACCUAUACACGGCAUUUGGCUUCAUAAUAUAUAUUAUUAAUAUUAUUAUUAUUUUUAAACAAUUGCAUAUUUAGCAUGUACAGUUGUUCAGUGUGCUGAACCAUUUAGUUGUUCCGUAUGAACCAUUGUCUUUGGAUCAACGUUUGUUGGGGUUUCUUUUAAUGCUUCAACAUGUACAAUUGAAAUAAAUCCAAUAGUUGUGUUGCAUAUGGAAAAUAUUGUAGCAUUGUUUUCCAAAAUAACUACUAAAAAUAUCUUAAUCAUGUAUGUCAGUGCUGUAGUGUUUGAUCAUAAAACAUCAAUGGAUAAACACUACCAGUAGUUACAGUGUAUUUCUAUAGAAAUUGAGGCACUACAUAUAAGAAUAUAUAGAAAAAUUUAUGAAAAAAACCAACAACAUUUUUUAACAAAGCUGAUUUUGAUAAAUUUGCUUUGGUGAUGUGUUGGUUCAUAUCACAUUUAUAAUAUAUUUAAGAGAUAGAGAGAGAGUAUCUUUAACAUGGCCAUGUACCACUACGGUUUCAGGCAUGUCUGUCACGGGCCAAAUCUCUGGAUAGCCAGUAUAGAAAGAGAAAAAGUACCUUUAACAUGCCCAUGUACCACUACGGUUUCAGGCAUGUCUGUCACGGGCCAAAUCUCUGGAUAGCCUGUUGCCUGGUCCGGGACACAAAUAUAGGACACAAAUAUAUUUACGACUGAUGCAAGUUAUUUAAAUUUUUGAAAUCACAGUUAUCUCCCCUGUUUCAUUUCCAUGUGAUCUUUGUUUGGCACAGAUCCAUGUAGUGUUCAGAACAAAUAAGAUGGCUAAUCCUGUCUAACGACAGACACUGAUACUACACUUGUAGGUGUGCACUUUUUCUUUUUGCUCUUUCUUUUUUUGUUGUUGGUUUUUUUUGGGGUGUGUGUGUGUGGGGAGGGUGGUGGUUUUUUGUUUGUUUGUGGGGUUUUUUUCUGAAUUUAGAAAUUUCUAGUCUACAGUUGAUAUCUCUGAACAAAGAUGUCCUUUUUGAAGAUUUGUCUAUCCUUUGUUGCCACUUUGUUAACACUUUUAUCAGAUUUACUUUUAACCUUGGUGCUUAUGUUUGUUUUAUUAUUAUUAAUACAUAUCUAUGGACUCCCAGCUUUGGCAGGGAACACUUGUUUUUUGUUAUAAGUUAUAUAAUGGAUAUACUUGGUAAUACAUGGCAGGGAAAUUCCACAUGUUGCUUCACUAGCAAUCUGUUUCUAUUGUUUCUAUGCCCUGUAACCUACAUGUAGUUAUAUCACUUACUGGUAAUUGUAACAACAAAACCGGCCUCGGUGGCGUCGUGGCAGGUCAUCGGUCUACAGGCUGGUAGGUACUGGGUUCGGAUCCCAGUCGAGGCAUGGGAUUUUUAAUCCAGAUACUGACUCCAAACCCUGAGUGAGUG